AUGGAGAAACCACAACUACGUAUAGCGAUUGAAGGAUGCUGUCAUGGGGAAUUGAACAACAUAUUUAAAGAAGUUUCUCGUCUCCAUCAGCAAAACCCAAUAGAUCUGUUAAUAAUUCUCGGAGACUUCCAAAGUCUUAGAUCGACGGCAGACUUCUGUUCCAUUAGCAUACCACCCAAAUACCAAAAACUAGGUGAUUUCCAUAACUAUUAUAAUAAUGAUACCUGGGGACCCCCCGUCCCCACUUUAUUCAUUGGUGGGAAUCACGAAUCCAUGAGACAUUUAAUGCUAUUGCCGCAUGGUGGUUACGCCAGCAAAGAUAUAUAUUACCUGGGUUAUUCCAAUAUGAUCUGGUUUAAAGGUGUUAGAAUUGGUUCACUGAGUGGGAUUUGGAAGCAAUGGGACCUGGAAAGGUCCAGAACUGAAUGGAGUCAAUUGGAAAGAAAUCGAUCAUGGCAAAAAAAUGUCAGAUCGUUGUAUCAUGUGAGGAAAAGUGAUGUAAUCCCACUAUUCAUGGUUAGGGAAGAUGUAGAUUUAAUGCUGAGUCAUGAUUGGCCUAAUGGAGUCGUGUAUUAUGGUAAUAUGCAGCAAUUGUUGAAAUAUAAGCCGUUUUUCAAACAGGACAUUGAUAAGAGAGAACUAGGUAGCCCAAUUAGUUGGCAAUUGUUAAGAGAAUUGAAACCAAAAUGGUGGUUAAGUGCUCAUUUGCAUGUAAAAUUUGAAGCACUUAUUAAGCAUACAAAGAGGACGUUGAAUUUGUCAGAUGAUGCAGAUGUAAGGAAAAAUAAUGAUGAGAUUGCCUUGAAUUUGUCGUCAGAUAGCGAAGAAGAUGUACCAAGUACAUUUCAACCAGAGAAUAAAGAUGAAAUAGUAUUAGAUUUAUCUAGUGAGGAAGACACGAAACAAGUACAAAAGCCAAAGAAGAAAAAGAAGAUCAAUGCUGCGAAAGAGACUAAAUUCUUAUCUCUAGAUAAGUGUUUGCCCAGGAGGAAGUAUCUUGAAGUGAUAAAUGUUGAAGCAGAUACUUCGCACCCAUCAUGGCAGAAUGCCCAAAUGUAUUGGGACCCUGAAUUUGUCCAUAAUUUACAAUAUAUGGAGAAAAAUAAGGGCAUUAUGAAAGAUACCCCACUGGAACAAAUGAAUUGGAAUCAUAUAAUAAGAGAAUCUGGAUUUUAUGACAGAGAUAUUGAUUGGUCACUGUAUACAGUACCUAACUAUACACCUGGGAUCCAAAGAAGGGAAAAUGAACAGACAAAGCUAUUCAUAGAUAGAUUUCUUACUUAA